CGCUUUCGGGCAGUGCAGAACGGUCAACAAACUCCUUCGCGUCAACAACUUGUACAAAGCUUCUCGAAGUCUGUACUUGAGAAGUCUGUCCAAUCGUGCAUUCUGGUGGACUCCCAAAUCAUCAAAUAUUAUCUCUACACCUUGAAGCACCAUGGCGCAGAGUCAACGAAAGACAAUGCUUCCCCAUGAGAGACUCAUUCCGGCCACCAGGCAAGACAUUCAAGCGAUGGGCUGGGAGCUCACAGUCAAGGAAAUGCGAAAGGGUCCUCUGAAAUCAAACUUCCUGCGCGGACCGGCAAGACAUCAUCUGCCAGCAGGCUAUCAGCCAAACUUCGGAAGUGGCAUGAACCCCAAUAUCGCCGUGUUGCCACAAUUUCCGAUGGAGGUUCUAAUCAAAAUCUGUGCCUAUCUUGACCCAAUAUGGGUGUUCCAGCUUGAACUCACAUGCACCACGAUGGCCAGACGCCUACGAAGCCGCGAAGCCAACCAGCUCUGGUACAGUUCAAUUCCUCCAACCCUGAAAGCUAUGCCCGAGCUUUUCCAGCACGAGGCUGCAUUUGCCCAACGUCACCCAAACGCGCCUUUCGAUUUCGCUAGUCGACCAAUUCCUGCAGGACAACAAGUAGCAUAUGCCAACCCCUGGACUCAUGGCGGCCUGGACAAUAGCAUCAACACAUUUGUCAACCUCCCAGCUCUUCGCUCUGUCAAUGUCACCUCUCCACUAUACAUCUACAUGCAGCAUCUGAAGGGCACAGACCGGAUCCCAUUGCUAGACUAUGCUGUCUCUGAAACUCCUGUUGGCACUCGUGUCAGAACCCUGGCCAUUGGUGGGCCCUACCAGAUCAACUUUAACUAUCGGCGAGAGCUUUUGGGCUACUUGUUGCUCACAAGAAGAUGCAGCAUUUGCUUAGAAGCACCGAUUGUUUCUGGCACACCGAUCCAGCCACAUGAUGCAUGGCAGACCUUCGCAGGAGUCGAAUUGUGUUCACUCUGCUACCCAAAAUGGACAGUUCGCAGUGAGCAAAUUUUCGAAGUUCAUGAAGCAUAUACACAUCUCUCCCAUUUUACUCCACAAUCAGGACAAAUGGGUCCUUGGUCUCACGACCGCUACGCACUCAUGCGAAACGGCCAGGUGCACUGGCGACCAAUGAUCGACGACUUUGUCCGGGAAGAAUGUGGGCUGGAUUUCGAGACUCUCCUUGCUAAGCAGCUGUACUUUAAGUGGUUGAUCGAAACUCUCAAAUACCAGGGACGGGAAGCGGGACGCGACCGAGUGCUUCAAGCUGGCCGUCGCGACUUUCGCACGAGCAUCCUGGCAAGAGCGCAGUAUUUGUGGCGCAAUGCUGACGCGAGAGACCCCUUGGGCCUGCGCAUUGCCUUGCUGCGAGACAACAACAUCAUCCGAGCGGUUGACCUGGCAAAUAUGCUCUUUCGUCCGGAGCUCGUGAAUCGAGAUGCUCUGGGACCGCAGGCACCAGGAGAAAUUUGGCCCCAUGACCCUGUCGACGCAAUACGUUAUAAGCGUGAUGUCAGGGGAGGUCGGAGCAUCCCAUGGUAUGAGAGCCGGGCGGAGGAUAUGGUGGUCGAGCUUGCAGAAAGACUUGCUGGAGAUCGUUGCAAAAAUGCUCUGGAGGAAUAUCAUGUCCAACGUCUGCGGUCAAGCCUCACGAGCGACGCAAUUCUGGCCAGCCUCGCCGCGGCAGGCGCAAUGGGCAGCUUGUCAAUAAUGGCCGUGGUCAAGAAGAAGCUUUUCCUCGAGGAUGGGCUGGCAUUCACACACGGAGCCAUGCUCACUCCUGCAGGUAGAGACGCGGCAAAGGUCGUACUGGGUCCUCUUCUGCAAGCCACAAUCUCUUGUACACAACCCGGUUGUGCUGCUGCUCCCCGGGGACUGGAGGAAAUGGUCCACCAUAUGAGAAUGUGCCAUGCGAAUGUGUUCAGUGGUAGUUCGCAGUGGCAAUUGGCCUGAGCGAGGCUGGAGAGAUAGGGAAAGGGGUGGGGCUUGUUUCUUGUCAGUGUAAUACUCCAGAUGUACGACUAUAAACGAUAUCCAACAUGACAGCGAUGCGCUCCUGCACUGCAGAACAGUUAUCUUCUGUGUAAAGUCCGCAGUCUGUUUUCUGUCCAUUUUCUAGCUGGGUUGUAGGUGGGUCGGCCGCUUGUG